GAACUUACAAUUUACAAAAGGUAUAUAGGACUGGCAUAGCCGAGGUCGGAGAUUCAGUUUCUCUGUUAAGUUUUGUGGUAGCUUUUCUGAGAAUGCCUUUUGAGAAAUCUGGAGAUGGAAAUCCAGGUGUGCAGCUCCUGAAACAAAGGUUAUCUAGCUUGGAAACAGAGCAAGGAAGAAGGCAUGGUUUAAGUUUUAAACCUCGACCAGAUGACGUGUUCGUCGUGACUCCACCUAAAUGCGGCACAACAUGGAUGCAACAGAUUCUACAUCAGUUACGUAGUGGUGGCGAUAUGUCUUUUGAUGAGAUUUCCGAUGUGGUCCCUUAUGUCGAGGAGGCUUAUGAUACCGAAAUAAACCUCGACGCUGAACAGCAUUAUCAACCACGGUAAUGUACCGAUCAAUUCGAAACUUCAACAUCCCCCCCCCCGGGCCGACCCCCGGGAAUUUGAACUUUUUGAAAUUUGACUCAAAAUUUUGAAAUUUGACUUAAAAAGUUUUAAAACCUUAUGGAAAUUUAACAGUUUUACACAAUUGUAUAGUACAUACCUUCAUGAAAUGAAGCACAUAGCUUUUCCAUGCCUGUUUCUUUGAGCCAAUUUUUCACAAAAUUUAGCGGCCCUUUUCCCUCGAAAUCUGAGAGAACUGUAUUUGCCACCAAUGUGAAGUCUUUUCUGUAGUGUUUUAAUAAUUAGUAACCUGCAUGCAGAAAGCACACACAUAAUUUUAAGACUUCCGUUUCAAAUUCCCCACUCUUAUCAAAUAUCCCACUGGUCACAUGGAAGACUUAGAACGUCAAAUUCCCUACUCCCUGGAGUAGGGGUGCACCAGAACCAAUUUUUUAAGUUCCGUCCGGAACCGGAUCCAACCGGAACUGGAAAAAAGUUCCGGCCGGAACAGGAACUAAUUUAUCAAGCCAUAUAUAGUCAUAUAUUACUUAUAUUUGUCCGCUGCCAGACAGGCAGACACUUCAAGUCAUCAAGGAGAGAGCUCGCAAAUGUUAGAAUAAAAAGACUGACAAACGUUAAACGUCAUAAUGAAGUGCUAAUAGACCCAAAUUUCUUCCUACUGUGAAAUUUUGUUCGACACAAAAACGUUUGAUAUUCUAUCUCUCUGAAAACGAUAGAGUUCCGGUUCCGUGGCCAUGCUUUUUUUUAUUAGUUCCGGCUGGAACGGGAACUCUGAAAAAUCGGGGUUCCGGCCGGAACUAACCGGCCGGAACCGAGUUCCGGUGCACCCUACCCUGGAGAAGACUUAAUUGAAGUCAAAUUCCUGGGAUAUGCCCGGGAGGAUGUUGAAAUUUCGAAUUGGUACAUAAGCUUCACUGAUUUGAAAAGUAGCGAACUGGACAGUGAAUCGGCUGAUCCAGUGAUGUGCUAAAUAUGCACUUAUAAAUCAAUGUUAACCCCAAGGGGGGGGGGGGGUGGCAAAGAGUGGCGAUUUGACAUUUUUACAUUAAUUUAAAAAACUUCAAAUGCCACUCCCUGUGCAAAAUUCCCCACCCCCAGGAUGAAAAUGUAUUCCUGAAGUAUUUGGUUUCUGGCGCACUCUAUAUAUGUCAGGUGAUAGGGAAGGUUGUCUACUAACUAAUCUUAAUAAGCAACAUAUUUAUACAAUUUAUUAAAAAUGACACAAAUACCUUCAGCGGUAUUGAAAAGUAUUACAAAUAUAAUGAACUUUUCAAAAUAACAUAAUGCGAACUGUUAACUUACAGUAUAUUAAGUAUAAAUCAAUAUUAUAUAAAAUGGCUUAUAAGUGUUUAUUUCUUGUCCAGAAAUCUCCAUAUUUCUUGUCAAAACAACAUGUGAGAUGGCUAGCGAUGAACUAGUGCCCAGUCUUCAGUUUGUAAAAAUAUUGGGUCAGGUUUCUUCAGUAUUUCGUUUGAGAUCAGUGUUAAUCUGUCAAGAAUCCCCACCCUUCAGCCACUCAGAAAAAAGAGCCAGUCCCAACCCACGGGACAAACUGAUUGAUCAAAUCCCCACCUUUUGCCCAACCCCCCUCCCCUCAAGGUUAACAUUGAUAGGUGCAUAACACAAAUUUGGCAACUUUAAUUUUACAGAUAGAAGAGGUUCUGGUUAUUUGUAGCCCACAGGGGCGUAGGACAGUGAUGGCGGAACAGGCUUUAGCCCCCCCCCCAAAGUAAAAGUGGGGGGGGGGGGCUUAGCCCCCCAAAAUACAUGAAGAAUGCCAGAAUGCGAGACCAUUUAUACAAACUUGAUAUAGAAAUUGAUUUUCUUUCACCCUGAGUAUAUAUCUUUUAUCUAUACAGUAAAUACUACAAAGUCAGAGUAUUGGCCUUUGUGGUUAUUUAGGAAAUGGGACAAAUAAGUUUCAGACUUUUCUAAUGGGUGAUUCCAGCUAUAGACGAAAUUUUGAUCAAAGAAAGAAGAACGAAAUCCAGCACCGCAGCUAGAAAGAGCGUCUUAGAAUGAGUAAAACUACAAAGAUCGGUUGCUAAAUGUUGUAAAAUGAAAAAAAUAUAUAGCCCUGUGAAGUUCGCAAAUUUUGUAUAUAUUUCUAUUACGCGCGGUAAUUAAAUUAAACAAGACAAGCAGGCGUUCACACUGGCCUGAAAAUAACGAGAUACGUGCAUGCUAUGGUGCAAAAGGCAGGAAUACAAAUCUUAAACCGCAAGCAAAUUUCAUGGACUUUUUAAAAAAAUAAAAGACCUUUUCGGGAGACGUAUACGUAAUGGUGCAAAUAUAUAUUACUAGGAGUUACUAUCGCAAGGAAAGUGCUGCCUUUAUGGCGUAUGAACUGAAUGCAACAAUUUAUACUUCUAGACAAUUCUCGGUUAUAUCCUCAAUGUUUCCUUCUCGUUCAUCAUUUAAGCCCGUUCACAAACGCAUUCUUAAAUUGUGUGCACGGAAUACGAGUAAAUAGCCAACAUGAAAAUGAAGCCAUUUGGUCAAAAGUGGAUAUUAAGGUCUAUGUUACUAUUAGCUGACAAUGCACACUACUUUAGUAUUAACUCUGGCUAACGUAAUAACUUACUGACCGAGAGUGAGGGCAGUACGGGAUAAGCUUGGGCGGUUUUGGUUAAAAUUAAAACCGGUAAACCGUACGCUAAAAAACCGGUUAAACCGAAAAACCGGUUUUUUAACUUUAAAAAAUUAACGCGAUUCCAAUAUUGAAUAACGCGCAAUAACCGCUAUCCUAUAGCGGGCAAACAACGUGAAAUCGACGUUAAAUGGUUUGAAAACGUCAUUUCGAUGCCUGAAACCUUGAAACAACGUCAAUUUCAUGUUGUGUGCGCGCUGGGAAAUAGGUACAAAUGAAAACAUAAUUUCAACGCUCAACAAUUGCACAAAUUACACGUGUCUUUAGCGGUAAGGUUCGAUAAUUGUAAUUUUAUCAACCUUGUUUCCCACGCUCUUGUGCCUUCGCAGGAUGAUGAUCGCGGAGAUGGCGUUGAAGGUUGGAAGUAUUUCCUCCAGCAGCAGAAACCUUUUUGAGGCAAAGCUUGCACGUCGGCUUGGCGUUGUCGUCUUCAUCGGUUUUAAACACGAAAUAUAUAUUGACAAAUUGGGGAUGUAAACGACUUUUUCGAACGUAAAUCGGCGGCGCUAACAUUUUGUGUAGCCAUGUUUGCGCUGAUAAUUGGCGAAGUAAAGACUUUACCGCGCGCGUGGAAAAAAAUGUCAUCACAACAGUCAUAUAUGUCAGCAUUGCUUAACAAUUAACAAUUAUAUAGUGCGCUUUUUGAUAUGUAGUAAAAACCGGUUUUCCGGUUAUUGAAAACAAAAACCGGUUUAAUAAAAAAAAACGUACAAAACCGGAAAACCGGUAAACCGCCCAAGCUUAGUACGGGAAAAUAUCCAACCUCGGUCUUGCUGUAUUGACCGAGCGAUAGCUAGGUCAAUACAGCAAGACCGAGGUUGGAUAUUUUCCCGUACUGCCCGAACGGUUGAGGUCACUAAGUUUUUUAUUAUAUGGCAUUGUACGUUUGUAAAAAAUGGGAAAAAAGGUCACGCGAGGGCAAAGUACAAAGUCCGAAACAUUUGGAAAAAAGAACAAUUGUAAAAAAUAUUCUCAAGCUUGGUUAGUAAAACUACUCUACAGCACUUUUUAUAUAGAAUACUAACACAGUUUGGAUAAUAUUUCAAGAAAAGUACGAGGUAUUUCGUCAUUUAAUCAAAGACAGACUGACAGACAAAGACAACAAAUAUGAAAACAAUAAAAUUAAUUAACAGUAUUGACAAGUACGUUUUUAGUUCGCUUCAUCUCGUAAAUAUGUCUCUUUUUAGGCCACUACAAGUUAAUCUUUCGUUUCUGGUCCGCCGCCCGCGUCCUUUCUCCGUAAAGUAUUAUUUCAGGACUAUUUUGUUAUUUACAAUUAAUUUCUAAUUCUUGAAAAUUUUCGCGAAGGAUUUAACUUAUAUAACGAUAAAUAGUCAAUUUACACUAGAAAGAUCCAGCAAAAUGUAGUAUUGCAUGGUAGGCAAUACGGGAAAAUCCCGUGGGCAAUACGGGAAAAUCCUGCCUCGUCAGCAACCAAUCAAAUUGCGCGAUUCAUCAAAACAAAUGCUUGCCAUAUAAUAAAUAACAAUAUUAUUUGGCAAGCAUUUGUUUUGAUGAGUCGCGCAAUUUGAUUGUCUGCUGACGAGCGCAAUUUUUAUUGCCCUACGGCUACGAAGCUGCGAGCCUGCGACAACAGCCGCGGAGUUUCAAACGGCAAAAAAUGUCUAAAAGUCUUUAAAACUAUUCAAAACGAAGAAAAAUAGACCUAAAAUAGAGAAAAGGUGCCAAUGCUGUGGUUAAAGAACUUUCUCAAUACGUUUGUGUUAGCGAAAGUCGAAUUUACAAGGUAAAUUUUACCUCGAAUUUUACAACGUUUAUACUACACUACAGUAUAAAGCAAUCAAGAAUAGUUGUGUUUUGACUAUGUGAAGAGCUGCAAAUUUUAUUUGCAGAUGGCCAGGAGGAAUCUGACACCAUCUAAAUAAAAGAUACAACUAAAGCAGCCACAGAUUUGAUAAUUUUUCCCUGAAAAUUUCUGUUUUAUAAAUAUGAGAUGAAGCGAACUAAAAACGUAUACUUGUCGAUGCUGUUUAUUAAUUUUAUUAUUUUCAUAUUUGUUGUCUUUGAUUAAACUAUCCAAACUGUGUUAGUAUUCUAUAAAAAGUGCUGUAGAGUGGUUUCACUAUUAACCAAGAGAACAUUUUUUACUAGUGUUUUUUUCCAAAGGUGUCGGACUUUGCCUUCGCGUGACCUUUUCCCCCCAUUUUUUUACAAACGCACAGUGCCAUAUAAUAAAAAACUUACUGACCUCAACCGUUCGGGCAGUACGGAAAAAUAUCCAACCUCGGCCUUGCUGUAUUCACCUUGCUAUCGCUCGGUCAAUACAGCAAGUCUUCGGUUGGAUAUUUUCACGUACUGCCCUCACUCUCGGUCAGUAAGUUAUUAAAAUUGUUCCAAUCAAGUUACCUCGGUCAAUGCCUUACAUUUUGCAGAUAUAAAUAAAGUGACCAAAGCCUCUGCGGAGGAGAGUACUAGUGGGUUCCAAUUAAAGCCAAACUACAACUAAUCCAUAGUACCCAUAUAGCAAAAUUUUAACAUUGCCUCCCACAGAUGAAAGCUGAGAAGUAAGUGCCCUUUACCAUUGUCUGUCCCCGCCACUUCACGUUGUUUCCUGCGCCCCUGAUCAGUGCAAUGAAGGUUUUUUCCUUGCUAUGAUAACUGGAAGUUUUGUUGCCUGCUCUGCUUGAUUGCAGCCUGUAACAUUCUUCAAGCUUCAACAUUUAAAAAUGUUGUGUAUUACAAGUUUGCUUUUUUUGCUCAUUUAACCUGGAAACACAGGUGUGGCAGAACCUUCUUUUAAUUUUUUUCUCUAAAAAACUUGUUGGCCGACCAACAAAUAACACCCUCAGCCUAGACAUAGGGGUAGAACUUUUACUCGGCUUGCUUUCGUCCAUUUUGGGCUAGUAUAAGGUCGUAGGUUCCCUACCAUGCCUGUGUUUUACAACAAUUUCGUUACAGACCGUUCAACUCACACACAGUUUCAUCGUGUACGUACAAGUUUAAGUCUUAUCUCACGAUCUCACACCGAUACCUUGUCUUCGCAUGACCACCUCUCUGAAAUUCAUCUUGUAUCCACUGUUGUGUUGAUCAAACUUUGAUAAACAUCUGUACCAGCUCUGUAUAUUUGUUUCUACCCAUUAUAUGUAAUACGAAAGAUUGACUGCGUUAUUAAUCCUACAAGCUCGUACCUGUAUCUCGUGCUUAGCAGUAAUCGCUGAGUGCUUUAUGAACAGUUUUUCGUCCCCGAACAGACCUAAUUUGGGGUCUGCAUAAUCCAUUGUUUCUAAUAAGAUCGACUGAUUGACAUUAUAAUUUUUAUAUAUAUUUUGAAUAUGUUGUAUGGUAUCAAUUUAAAAUAUGUUUUUUUCUUAUUUUCAGAUGUUACAAGACCCACGUAUGGUAUCCCGAUUGUCCGAAGGGUGCUAAAUACAUUGUUAUUUACCGUGAACCGUGUGCUGCUUUCAACAGUUUCUUUAAAUUCUUUGAGGGUUGGAUGUUUCAACCUGGAGAAGUUUCACUUCAUGAAUUUGUGAAGGAUUUUUUGCUCGCUCGUGAAGUACCACAAAACAAGAUGGAAAAUGCAUCCUAUUUCGUCCACUUGAUUAGCUGGUGGGAACACAGGAAUGAUUCGAAUGUUUUGUUUCUGUUCUUUGAGGAUAUGAAAGAUGAUUUGGAAAGUGUAGUUAGGAAGACUGCAGCAUUCAUAGGAAUUCAGGAUAAAGUAAAGAUUGAGAAGGCUGUGGAAAUGAGCUCUUUUGAAUUUAUGAAGGGAAACCGGAAGAAAUUUUCAGCGAUGCGCAUCGCACGUUAUCGGAAUGUAGCUUGCGGGGUACCCCAUGAUGUUGUGCCCAAUAUGGUUGUCACAGGAUCUGCAACAAAAGGACGAGAGUUAAUGGAUGAUAAAACUAAAGAAAUAAUUCAAGGAAAGUGGCUGGAAGUUGUUGCUAAACAAACUGGAUUUCAAGAUUAUAAUGAGUUGAGAAGUGCAUUCAAAAAGAAUAAUAAUUAAGAAAUAUUUAAAAUUGUUUUUAGUAUGUCGGAAACAAAACAGAUUAGGGGAUGAUACGGUGGCCGACAAGGGCAACACAAAUAUUUAGAUGAAACUCAAAAUAAUAUUUAGAUGAAACACAUUUAUUAAGCGAACAAUUAAGCGAACACGUUUAUUAAGCAAACACGUUUAUUAAGCGAACACGUUUAUUAAGCGAACACGUUUAUUAAGCGAACAUAUUUAUUAAGCGAACACCUUUAUUAAGCGAAUACGUUUAUUAAGCGAACACGUCUAUUAAGCGAACACGUUUAUUAAGCGAACACAUUUAUUAAUCGAACACAUUUAUUAAGCGAACACGUUUAUUAAGCGAACACAAAUAUUUUUUAACAACCCGACUACCGGAAAUGGAAGGCCUAAAUCCCGAUUUUAGGGAGUAUGUGUCAACUGAUCGUCUUAGUCUCCUGUGUCUUGGUCGAGCAUACUUUCAAUAUUAAAUAUGGAUGGCGAAAGUUCAUGGUCGAGUAAAUUUUGUCAUUGUUGUGGAAAUGCUCUUGAAAAAGGUUACAAUUACUGUCCAAAUUGCGGGCAAGAGGUUUUAAAGUGGUAAAUUAACGAAUUAUUCUGGUAUCCAACCCCCCGGUUCUGAAGCACUCGGGAUUUAGGCCUUCCAUUUCCGGUAGUCGGCUGUUAAAAAUAUUUGUUUUCGCUUAAUAAAAGUGUUCGCUUAAUAUUAAACGUGUUCGCUUAAUAAAUGUGUUCGCUUAAUAAACGUGUUCGCUUAAUAAAUGUGUUCGUUUAAUAAAUGUGUUCGCUUAAUAAACGUGUUCGCCCUGGGAACGAGGAUGGCUGCUACAAUCUUACAACCUUGUUCCCAGGGCUUUUCCCUUUUUGUCAUUGGGAAAAGCCCUGGGAACGAGGUUGACAAUCUUAGUGAUUGGGAUUAUUUUAAAAUAACUUUGUAAUUGUUGGUGUUGGGUGUAAAAACUAUGACAUUGUUUGUGACUUUGUGAAAGUGUGGACUUCUACAACGUGCUCCCCACAAAUACACAGUUUGGUAUUAGUAAAUGAAAAUUGUAUACAGUAGCAGUUUUAAAACCUUUGAAUUCGCAUGCUGACAUUGUAAAAAUAUGUCCUUUGGCCGAUUAGUAUAGCCAUGAUGCUCGAACCGACCUGACCGCGUAGCUCAUUUGGCAGAGCAUUGGGCUAGUAUUCCAAAGGUUGUAGGUUCGAUCCCCACCGUGGACAGGCAUAUUUUUCAAGCUUGCCCGGUGUGGAUAUACACGAUAGGGUAUAUUUAGGCUUUUAUUAGAACAAAUUACAGAAAUUCAUAGGAUAUGUG